CGCGCUGCGCGGGCAACUCGUUUGUCCCGGGGAAGAUGGCGGUGCCGGAGCCGGGGAGCUAGGGCGAGUGCAGGCAGCGGCUGCCUGCUCGGCUUGGCGCCUGGGCCGGCUCGGAGCUGCUGACCAUCCUCAUCCUCGGUGUGUGACCUGUGGCAUGUGGGCACAAUGGAUCUGGCUUACGUCUGCGAGUGGGAGAGAUGGCCCAAGAGUACCCACUGCCCGUCAGUGCCCCUGGCCUGUGCUUGGUCCUGCCGCAACCUCAUUGCCUUCACCACUGACCUUCGAAAUGAUGACCAAGACCUCACCCGCAUGAUCCAUAUCCUGGAUACAGAGCACCCCUGGGAUGUGCACUCCGUCAACUCAGAACACAGUGAGGCCAUCACCUGCCUCGAGUGGGACCAGUCGGGCUCCCGGCUCCUGUCGGCUGAUGCUGAUGGGCAGAUCAAGUGCUGGAGCAUGGCGGACCACCUGGCCAACAGCUGGGAGAGCCACGUGGGCAGCCUGGUGGAAGGGGACCCCAUCGUGGCCCUGUCCUGGCUGCACAAUGGUGUGAAGCUGGCCCUGCACGUGGAAAAGUCAGGUGCCUCCAGCUUCGGUGAGAAGUUCUCCCGCGUGAAAUUCUCACCGUCACUCACGCUGUUUGGCGGCAAGCCUAUGGAGGGCUGGAUCGCAGUGACGGUCAGCGGCCUGGUCACCGUGUCCCUGCUCAAGCCCAGCGGGCAGGUGCUGACAUCAACGGAGAGUCUGUGCCGGCUGCGCGGCCGUGUGGCCCUGGCCGACAUCGCCUUCACCGGUGGCGGCAACAUCGUGGUGGCCACUGCAGAUGGCAGCAGCGCCUCUCCCGUGCAGUUCUACAAGGUGUGCGUGAGCGUGGUCAGUGAGAAGUGCCGCAUCGACACCGAGAUCCUGCCCUCGCUCUUCAUGCGCUGCACCACGGACCUCAACCGCAAGGACAAGUUCCCCGCCAUCACCCACCUCAAGUUCCUGGCCCGGGACAUGUCGGAGCAGGUGCUCCUGUGUGCGUCCAGCCAGAUGAGCAGCAUCGUGGAGUGCUGGUCCCUGCGGAAGGAGGGGCUUCCUGUGAACAAUGUUUUCCAGCAGAUCUCACCUGUGGUCGGCGACAAACAGCCCAUGAUUCUGAAAUGGCGGAUCCUGUCCGCCACCAACGACCUGGACCGUGUGUCUGCCGUGGCACUCCCUAAGCUGCCCAUCUCGCUCACCAACACUGACCUGAAGGUGGCCAGCGACACCCAGUUCUACCCCGGCCUCGGGCUGGCCCUGGCCUUUCACGACGGCAGCGUCCACAUUGUGCACCGGCUGUCGCUGCAGAGCAUGGCCGUCUUCUACAGCUCCGCGGCCCCGCGCUCCGCUGAUGAGCCAGCCAUCAAGCGUCCACGGACCACCGGCCCUGCCGUCCACUUCAAGGCCAUGCAGCUCUCCUGGACCUCGCUGGCCCUGGUCGGCAUCGACAACCAUGGGAAGCUGAGCAUGCUGCGCAUCUCGCCGUCCAUGGGCCACACGCUGGACGUGAGCUUGGCCCUGCGGCACCUACUCUUCCUGCUGGAGUACUGCAUGGUGACGGGCUACGACUGGUGGGAUACGCUGCUGCACGUGCAGCCCGGCAUGGUGCAGAGCCUGGUGGAGAAGCUGCACGAGGAGUACACGCGCCAGAACGCAGCCCUGCAGCAGGUCUUGUCCACCCGGAUCCUGGCCAUGAAGGCCUCGCUGUGCAAGCUGUCACCCUGCACGGUGGCCCGUGUGUGCGACUACCAUGCCAAGCUCUUCCUUGUGGCCGUCAGCUCCACGCUCAAGUCCCUCCUGCGCCCCCACUUCCUCAACACACCCGACAAGAGUCCCGGCGACCGGCUGACCGAGGUCUGCACCAAGAUCACUGACGCCGACAUCGACAAGGUCAUGAUCAACCUCAAGACAGAGGAGUUCGUCCUGGACAUGAACACGCUCCAGGCGCUGCAGCAGCUCUUGCAGUGGGUGGGGGACUUCGUGCUCUACUUGCUGGCCAGCCUGCCCAACCAGGGCUCCCCGCUGCGGCCGGGUCACAGCUUCCUGCGGGACGGCACCUCGCUGGGCAUGCUGCGGGAGCUGAUGGUCGUCAUCCGCAUCUGGGGCCUGCUGAAGCCUAGCUGCCUGCCCGUGUACACGGCCACCUCAGACACCCAGGACAGCAUGUCGCUGCUCUUCCGCCUGCUCACCAAGCUCUGGAUCUGCUGCCGUGACGAGGGCCCCACGAGCGAGCCGGAUGAGGCCCUUGUGGAUGAGUGUUGCCUGCUGCCCAGCCAGCUGCUCAUCCCCAGCCUGGACUGGCUGCCCGUCAGCGACGGCCUGGUCAGCCGCCUGCAGCCCAAGCAGCCUCUGCGCCUGCACUUCGGCAGGGCCCCCACGCUGCCCGCCAGCGCCAGCACCCUGCAGCUGGACGGCCUUGUCAGGGCACCGGGCCAGCCCAAGAUCGACCACCUGCGGAGGCUGCACCUGGGAGCCUACCCCACGGAGGAGUGCAAGGCCUGCACCAGGUGCGGCUGCGUCACCAUGCUCAGGUCACCCAAUAAGACGACAGCUGUCAAACAGUGGGAGCAGCGCUGGAUUAAGAACUGCCUGUGUGGUGGUCUGUGGCGGCGGGUGCCCCUCAGCUACCCCUGACCAGGGCCCUCGCUGGAGUGACAUGGCAUUCCACACACUCCAGACCUUCAUUGGGUGCUUUGCGAAAUAGGCGUCCUGGAAGUUGGCUUUCCGGGCCCCAUCACUGGACAGGGCAGGGGAGGACGUGGCCUGAAGCCUCACGUUGGUGCCCCGCGGCCCCGUCGGGGCUGCUUUCUCUCCCUCGAAGCCUUAUGGUGGAUCCGGGGUGGAGGGGCCCAGCCACCUGUCCACCUGUGCCAGGUGGUGACCGAGACAGGCCUGUGAUCUCACGGGCUCAGGACCACAGCACACGUGGUGCCCUCCCUGGACGCCCAGGCCUCAGCGGCCCCUCUGGGUGCCCCAGAUCCUGGCUCCGAGGGUCCGGGAUGCCCCGGGCCUCCGUUCUUCAGAAUGUGCCACGCAAAACUGUGAGCUGCCGGGCAUCUGCGUGGGUGCUGCUGCCAGUGACAGCCGCCGGGACACCUGCUUCCAUCUCCUCACCUGCUCCUGCCAGCGCAUCUGGGUGGUUCUGACCUCAGCAGGCCCAAUAAACGUCCUGCCGGUCA